CAUACUGGGAAUACUAAGCUUUCUGGGCCAGAAAUUGAUCUGCUGGUUUUUGAGCCUUAUCUGAUUACUGCUUGGUUCAUCUUUAAACUACUCUGUAGGUUGAACUGGAAAGAUUCUACUUUGUUUGCAGAGUCUGACCAGACAAGAAUUCUGGCAACUUCUCCAGCAGAACUAUGGCACUGAGCUAGGUUUAAAUGCUGAAGAGAUGGAAAACUUGUCACUGUCGAUUGAAGAUAAUGAGCAGCCAAGCAGUCCCAGAAGAAGUGGUGUGGAUGAUUCUGGGGAAAGAGAUGAAAAAUUAUCCAAGUCUAUCAGUUUUACCCGUGAAUCAAUUCAUCAAGUUUCAGAAACAGAGUCAUUGGAUGGAAAUUCAUCAAAAGGAGCAUUAGGGAAAGAGGAGCCUGAAAGUGAGAAACAGAUCCCAAAGAGUCCUUUACUAACUUCAGAAAAGAGGUUGAGUAGAAUGUCAUCAAAAUCAAUGGAUUUGAAUAAAAAUGAAUAUCUUUCUCUGGAAAAAAGCAGCACUUCAGAUUCUGUUGAUGAAGAAGAUUUUCCUGAGAAAGAUCUUCGAGGAAGACUUUAUAUCAAUCGAGUUUUUCAUAUCAGUGCUGAGAGGAUGUUUGAAUUGCUCUUCACUAGUUCACGCUUUAUGCAGAGAUUUUCCAGUUCUAGAAAUAUAAUAGAUGUAGUGUCUACUCCUUGGACUGUAGAAUCUGGAGGUGAUCAACUGAGAAACAUGACCUACACUAUAGUCCUUAAUAAUCCACUUACUAGAAAGUGCACUGCUGCCACUGAAAAGCAGACACUGUAUAAAGAAAGUCGAGAAGCACAAUUUUAUUUAAUAGAUUCAGAAGUACUGACACAUGAUGUCCCCUACCAUGAUUACUUCUAUACACUGAACAGAUACUGUAUCAUCCCAUCUUCAAAACAGAAAUGCAGGCUAAGAGUUUCCACAGAUUUGAAAUACAGAAAACAACCAUGGGGACUUGUCAAAUCUUUAAUUGAAAAGAAUUCCUGGAGUUCGUUGGAGCAGUAUUUUAAACAGCUUGAAUCAGAUUUGUUAAUGGAAGAAUCUUCGUUAAAUCAAUCUAUUGAAGACCCUGGAAAACUUAGCUGCCUGCGGAGGAGAAGGCGAACUUUCAACCGAACAGCAGAAACAGUUCCUAAGCUUUCUUCUCAGCAUUCUUCUGGAGAUAUGGGCUUAGAGACCAAAGGGGAUGUUACAGGAAAGAAAAUGAACACCUGUAACAAUGCUCUUAUUGUGGUGAUGAGUAUUUUUUUGCUGUUGCUAGUUUUGUUGAAUGUCACACUGUUUCUGAAGCUGUCAAAGGUAGAAUAUGCUGCUCAGUCCUUUUACCGGCUCCACCUCCGAGAAGAGAAAUCUUUAAAUCUAGUCUCUGAUAUUGUCUCAAGAACUGAAAACAUUAAAAAGAACAAAGAUCAGGCUCAUCAUUUAAAAGGAGUACUCCGAGAUUCCAUAGUGAUGCUUGAACAGCUGAAGAGCUCACUCAUUAUGCUUCAGAAAACCUUCGAUCUACUAAAUAAGAACAAAACUGGCAUGGCCGUCAAAAGCUAGUGAUCUAUGGAUUGAAACUGUAGAAAUACUUGGAACUAAUAGAAAACCUUGGGAAGAA